CGCCCUCUCCAUUGACCCCGCCCCAGGUUUCUUAGGAGAUGAGAGACGCCGAAUCUUGGUCCAUGUAGGCGGCGCGGGGAGCAGGACAGGGGCAGAGGAAACUCCUCUGAGGUCUGUACUUCGAGGGCGGCCAUGCAGAGCUCUCACAGCUCCUGCCAGGAUUGGUGCAGCAGUGGGCAAUACUGGUUUGAGCUCGGACCCACGGACUUGCUGGAGCGCAAGGGCUCCCUGACCCUCCGCUCCCGUAGCAAGAAAUACUCGAAACCGGUGUUGGUGUAUUCCUGGCACCAUGACAGAGAAGCUUAUCCCAAAGAUUAUGAUAUAGAGGGUCCUGAGGAAGUAAAAAAACUGUGUAAUUCAACGUAUUGGCGAUUUGGAACCGAUGAGCCCCCAAUUUGGAUAUCAGAAACACAUGAACAAAUGGCACAAGUUUAUUUAAACAAAGAAUUGGCUGAAAUAAAGAGCAAGCCUUUAUUGAAUGAGGAAACAAUGAACUCUGGGAUUAUUGAAAGGGACACUGGAUUGCCUGCGACAGGCUUUGGAGCUCUCUUUACUAGACACCCACCAGAUCGACGCAAAGUUGGUGUUAAAACUCUCCCAGCCAUCCAGGUUUGAAGCCGUGGAUCAUCUUGGUUCUUUAGCCCCAGUUAGCCAGGUCAUCACAAACAAGGAAAGUCUGAGAAAUUGUCACAGCCAACAGGAGCCAUCCUAAGGACACAUGAUUACUAAAGGUAAUGUGACAUCCUGCAAAGGAUCCUGGAAUAGAAAGGGGACAUUUAUAUGUUAGAAACUAAGGAGACUUGAUUAUAAUAUGGACUCUAGUUUAAUGAUAAUAUAUCGACAGUGGUUCUUUAAUUGUGACAAAUGUACCAUGCUAAUGCUAAUAAUAGGGGGAACUGGGUGAGGGAUAUAUGAGAACUCUUUGUACUAUCUUCACAAUGUUUCUGUAGACCUAAAACUACUCCAAAAUGAAAAUUUUACUUAAAUAUUAAAAAACAGCCUUUGUCAUAAAUGCUGGCAUGUGAAGAUAUUGGCUGAGAAAUUCUUACAGAGAUAUCUUAUUUGAUAGCCAAGCCUUGUGAUGUUAAACUUGUUUUUCCCAUAAGCUGAUUUGCUUGGAUGAAAUACCUUAUUUUUUAAAUGGUUAAAACUCUUCGAUAUAAAUUCAUAAAAACUAGUUCCAAAAAAAUCUGUUAGGUUAAAAAAAAAAGCAGUAAAAAGUAAAGAAAAGGUAGCUGGGUCCAUAGAUGCAAAAAAAAUACUGUGUAAUUUUAUUUAUAAAAAGUUCAAAACAUACAAUUAAGGGAAAAUUAAUCUAGAAUGUUAGAAGUUGAAACAGUGAUUAUCUUUAGGAGUAUGACUAGGAGGGGCAUUAGGGCUGCUUCAAGGAGCAUAAUGGUCCUUUUCUUGAUCUGGGUGGUAGUUACCAGAGCAUAUUCACUUUGUGAAAAUUCAUUGGGAAACAGACUUAUAAACAGAGAGUAAUAUAUUAUGAUGAUUGCUAUAAUGGAUAUGCAUGCAAAUGUACUGGGAUUCUAGAGGUGAUCUUUGGUCUCUCAGGGGAAGUCAGAGAGGGCUUUGCAAUAAGGAGGGUCAUGUGAGUUGAUACAUGAUGAAAGAGUACACAUUUGCCUAAAAGGAAGUGGGUGUUGUUAAGUGGAACAAGGUAAGAUGAAGAGAGAAUUCUAGACAGAGGUAACAGCUAGAGAAAAAUCAGAGGCAGGAUGGAUUUUGGAAAAUUCCUGUAGUUUGGGAGAACGGCAGGAAGUGACUGUUAUUUUUUAUUUUUUUUAAAGAUUGGCCCUGAGCUGACAUCUGUUGCCAAUC